AUGUCCCCAUCCCAAACAUCCAUAAUCCAAUCUAUCUACGACGAACGCAGCCCCAACUACGACACCUCCCACCACGGCGCCCUAGCAGAAGCAUACAUCCGCACCGCAGCACCCCGCGAAGGCGAAUCCGUGCUUGACCUCGCCUGCGGCACAGGACUGGUAUCCUUUCUCGCUGAGCAAGCCGUCGGCAAAUCUGGCCUCGUUGUCGGAGUCGACAUCAGUCCCGGCAUGCUGGAUGUGGCGCGUCACAAGGCCCAGCAGACCGGUUCAAAUGUGACGUUCCUUCAACAUGAUAUCUCUGAUUUAUCGGGUGUCGGACUAGAGAGGAUGCUUCCUCGCGGAGAGGAGGGCUUCGAUCUGAUUACUUGUGCUGCGGCGUUGGUGUUAUUGCCUGACCCCGGGCGGGCGGUUAGGGGCUGGAUGCGGUGGUUGAAGCCUGGUGGGAGGAUCGUGACGGAUGUGGCGGCGAGAGAUGUUCAUGUUCCUAGUCGGAUCUUUAAGAGAAUUAGUGGUGAUUUGGGGAUGGAGUUGGUGUGGGAUGAGAGUUGGGUACAGGGGGAAUGGUCUUUGAGGGAGCUUCUAGAGGGGGCAGGGCUGGUGGUGAAGACGGUUUUCUUGACGGAGUCGUUUCAGGAUCGUGUGUAUAGUGUUGCUAAUGCUGGAGAGGUGUUUGAAAGGGCUGUUUCUAGUCCGAUGUUUCGGAAUUUCGGUGAUUCAGGGGUGAGGGAUGAGGCGAAGAGGUUGUUUGUCAAGAGGUUUGCUGAGGAGGCGGGUGCGGAGGGGGUGUUGGUCGAUGAGGCGAAGAUGUAUCUGGCUGUCGCGUAUAAAUCGUAG